AUGACGGAAUGCACCUGCCAGGUGUUUUUCUGCGGCAGUAUUUCCCGGAUAGAGUCUGUGCCAUUUCGUUUGGAGAGUGUGAUGGUGUUGGAUUUCCCUCCGUGGUCAAGGCGGAGUGAAACCAGCAACGUAGAGUCAAAACUAGCUGCAACCACGCUACUUCGACGUGAAAAUGGCGUCCGUGGGAAUGUUUCAUCACUUUCUACACAGAAAGCUUCUGGUGCAGUUGGCGAUCGGUAUCGUGAAGAGAAGAUUCGCGUCGUACUGACCGUGAAGAGUCUAUUGCAACGCAAGGAGAAGAUCAUUUCAGCUCUAUCGACCUUGAACGAGCGCGUCGCUGAGCAGCAAAUGCGUCUACAUGAGAAGAAUGCUAUGAAGUCCAGUCUGUGGACAACUCCGACGGCAUUCUCAUCCGCAGCAGUGAAGGAUCUGGUGUGGAGUGACCCACGCGAGAAAGAUCAAUUGCGGAAGCAGCACUCCUGGCUUGCUGCGAAUCUGGAAGCUACCAACACGCAUUUGAAGGCUGCUUUGCUGAAUCUCCAGUCUUUUUCAGCUAGCAACCCUCCUGAGGCAAGAGGCUCCGUUAUGGCUCCUGGUUACUCUCCGGAUACACUGGCGUUGAGCUCUGAUUCUAGCACUUUGCCGACCGAGACGUUACCAGAGGAUCAAAUGCGCUGGGCCAUCGAUUUCUUGGCUGCGAGUCAGCAAAAAGCGACUGCCGUGGUUGCAGAGUCUGUACUGCAAGUCGUCAACGAUGACAAAGAAUUGGGAAGCCAAAGCACUCCAGCUAGCGAAGUGCAGCUCGGAAGUGUGUUGCCGGAGACGAUGCAGCUCGUCGCCAAUUGUGUCACCUUGAUGAGCGUUCUCCACCGUCACGUCGCGGCUUCACCUGAUGUACCCGCUGCUGUCACGCAGACGCUCGUGGAACGUGUGCUCGAGUUGCUCAAACCCAAUGAUGAGGCUAACAUGGAUCUCUACGCCGAGCUCCGUUCAGCCGCAGAGGCCACACAGGCCCAAAUGGCAGUGCUGGCUGCAACGGCUGAAGCUGAUUAA